AUGGACCUGUCUGAUUCGAGUGACAAUGACUCAAGCGAGUUUCACACUCUUGAGGAGUUCGAUGCAUACCUCAAGAAGACGCUGCAGUCGGAAGGGAUAACAACCUCGUCUGAAGCAGUGUUGCAGACAUCGGAGGUCAAGUGGUCUCUUGAGAUCUGCAACGAAACUCAAUGUCAUGGUUGUGACAGCAAGAAUCCCUAUAUCUCCUACAUCGAUGGGAAUGAUCUCAAUUCCGACAGUGCCGGUUGCCCCCCGGCGGUGGCUCCCUUGAAUGCAAUGAAGAUGAAGAAAACCUGUGCUCCUUACACUGCGAAUCGGCAAACUUCAAAACUUACUCUGGGUGAAAAAUUAGAAAUCAUUCGUCAAUAUGAAAACAGCGACAACAAGCACAAAACGCACACACAAUUUGCAAAAUCAUAUGGGAAAAGCCGUUCUGCAAUCUCAAAACUCUUAAAACCUGAGAACAUUAUGAAACUCAAGGUAAUGGCCGCAACAGGGGUCCAGCCUACUGUGAAGCGAUCGGUCCUGCAAGUACCAGACUUUGAGCGAGCAGUAAGAGAGUUUGUGCUCAAGAUUGAGGGACAGACUCUUCGGCGUUCAAAGGUACAAGCGUUCGCUAGCGAUCUGGCAAGAAGGAUGGGAAUGUUGAAUUUCAGUGCCGGACGGGGUUGGUAUAAUGGCUUCAUGAGGCGAUACGGACUCAGCAAACGCCAAAAAGCCUGA